AUGAACAACGGUUACACGGUGCGCGUGCGGGUGGCAUUCACCGUCGCAACAGUAGCAGCCGUAGCUGCUAUCAUGUCCAUCUUCUCCGCCGCGCGAAGGCGCAAACAACGUCAGUCCUGUUCGGGUUCGUGCUAUUUGCAUUCUGAACAGAAACAACAGAGUGCGUUCAAGCGCGUAUUAGCAGACAAUUCCUACACUCCAUUCAAGCACCUCAGCAACAACCAGCUAGAAGGUUAUAAAGAUGAAUCUGGGAUUAGUUGUUUUCCUGCAGAGAAUGCUUCGAAUUCGCAUCCGUUUGAAGCGGAGAUUACAGCAUUGUUGAAAACUCCUCAGCCUGAAAUUGAAUUUGGAACUGAGAUUGUGGACUUCAAAAUGAAGAAUUCAUAUGUUUGGGUUCACACCGAGACGCAGUUAAAGGAAUUAGUUGAUGUGUUGAGCGAAGAGAGGUUCUUUGCUGUGGAUACAGAGCAACAUAGCUUACGAUCUUAUCUAGGCUUUACAGCAUUAGUUCAGAUUUCUACGCGGGAGAAAGAUUAUUUGGUUGAUACAAUUGCCCUGCAUGAUUUUAUGGGCAUUCUUCGCCCAGUUUUUGCCAAUCCUUCAAUUUGUAAAGUGUUCCAUGGGGCAGACAAUGAUAUAAUCUGGCUACAGAGGGACUUCCACAUAUACGUUGUUAAUCUAUUCGAUACUUCAAAGGCAUGCGAGGUGCUGUCAAAACCACAAAAAUCACUUGCUUAUCUGCUUGAAACUUACUGUGGUGUGACAACAAAUAAAUUAUUACAGCGUGAAGACUGGAGACAGCGCCCUCUCUCAGAAGAAAUGUUACAUUAUGCCCGAACAGAUGCACACUUUCUGUUGUAUAUUGCAAAUUGUAUGAUCAAUGAACUGAAACAACUGGACAACGAAAGCUCUUGUUCCGGUGACAAAUUCCAUUUUGCUCUGGAGGCUAGUAAGCGAUCAAACAUGAUCUGUUUACAACUUUUCACGAAAGAGAUUGAAGCUUAUCCUGGAGAAUCUUCUGCAUUAUCAUUAUUUUCCCGUCAAGUGAGCAGUCAUGGUUGUCCAUCUAUUUCAAAUGAAACCCAGAAUAUUGUGAGGCAACUAUGCGCAUGGAGAGAUCUGAUGUUUGCAAAUUAA